AUGAAGUGUAAUACUACUAUCAUACAAAUUUUAUUUUUAUUUAAUGUUUGUCUGGCUACUUUAUCGCCACCUGAAAAAAAGACGAAUAAAGGUAUAAAACCACAGGAAGGUGCUAGGAAAAACAACGUCUUAGACCGUAAAUUAGUUGUAGAAACUCCUUAUGUAAAAGAUAUUAUCAAGUAUCACGCUACGUACCAUCAGGACACUGCUUUGAAAAACUUUAAAAAUCAAGUUCUGGGUUAUGUGACACCGUGGAACAGUAAAGGAUAUGAUGUUGCAAAGACAUGGGCCCCUAAGUUCAAUUACAUUUCCCCUGUAUGGUUGCAAAUUAAGAGGCAAUCUCCAAACAUUUAUAUAAUAUCUGGCUUGCAUGAUGUAGACCAUGCUUGGAUGAAAUCAGUGAAACAAAAAGGCUCUCAAAGCAAUUUAAAAAUACUCCCUCGACUGCUGUUCGAAAAUUGGCAGCCAUCCGACCUUAAAGCCUUCUUUAUAGAGCCUACAGCACAUACAGAGCAAAAAGCUUUGAUUGAUGAGGUGAAAAAAGCUUGUAAGCAAUGGAAGUUUGAUGGAAUAGUCCUUGAGCUUUUCUCUCAGAUUGGAAAGUACAUUGACAAAUCUGUGAAGUUUAUUCAGAAUUUUGGUUUAGGAAUGAAUGAAGAUGCGUUGAAGCUGAUUUUAGUUUACCCACCAUUCCGUGCAUACCCUAGUGACGAGUUCUUUAUUCAAGCUCUCAAUGAAAUCUAUCCAUAUGUUGAAGCAGUGUCAGUGAUGACUUAUGAUUUUUCAAACCCUCAAAAACCAGGUCCCAAUGCACCUUUAUUUUGGAUGAGACUGUGCAUCGAAAAAUUGAUAGAUAAUGAUGAUAAUCCUGAAAAGAGAUCUAAAAUUCUAUUAGGCUUAAACUUUUAUGGGAAUUCAUACACAGCCAAUGGAGGAGGGCCAAUUGUUGGAACUGAAUACAUAGAGCUCUUGAAAAAUGCCAAAACUAAUCAAGCUCUCACAUAUAAUAACAAUACUGCAGAGAACUAUAUCGAAGUCAGGACUUCUCAAGGCGCAAAAAAGAUUUUCUUUCCCACUUUGUACUCCAUACAAAAGAGACUGGAUCUUGCUCGAGAGUAUGGCACAGGCGUGGCGAUAUGGGAGCUGGGGCAAGGCCUCGAUUACUUCUAUGAUUUACUUUGA